AUGGCAGCUCCGUCCCCGCAGGCGUCCGUGAGCGACCAGAUUCGCCAGCUCAAUGACGCAAGGAAGCUCGUCUUAGGCGACGUCAAGUAUUACCCGACUGUCGUCAAGAGCAUCCUUCCCAUAGUCGGGCCCACGGCGCGCGUCGAACUCCGGAGAUGGGGCGCUGACUUCCUGGCCGAGGCCUUCUCGACGCCAGCGCUCCCCGGGAGCGAAAAGGAGACGAUGCAGCUCUUCGUGCUGGACACACUGCAAACCAUGGUCGAGACCCCGAACGAGGACCCCCACGUCCUGCGGAGCGCCAUCCAGACGGCCGCCAGCAUUUAUCCCUUUGCGCUGCGAUGGAUGUACAUCGACAGCAUCAACAACUCGUACGAUACCCUUACAUGGGAACGAAUGGUCGCGAUAAAGACACGGAUUCUUCAGAUAUGGGACGAGGCCGACUCUACGGUGCGCAUUUGCUGCAUCAAGUUUGCGCAACGCGUUGUCCUCGCACAAUCGGUUGCCAACCCCAACGAACCAAGACGUGGUGACUCCCUCGAUAUCUCACUAGACAAGAUCCCGACAAACCAUCAGACAUUAGAUGCUAGGACUCUCGACGCCGAAGGAGCUGGAUUGCUGGACAGAAUGCUGAGUGUGUUGCAGGAGAACAGCAGUGAUGUUCUUCUUGUUGAUGCAACCUUGAACUGCCUGUCCAUCUUGAUCCGCAGUCGGCCAGGUACGGCCAACAGGAUCCUGAAUGCUGUGCUCAACUUCAACCCCAUGAAGCUUGCAAACUCGCCCAUGACUCCUAGAAUCCGCGUGAUAGUCAAGUCAAUGGAGAAGACUACUCGUAUGCUCCUGAUACAUCUGUCCAAACGCGACCCUCACAACCCGAUGGCGCCUCGAAUCCAGCAGCAUGUGGAGAGAAUGAUGCGCAUGAGGCACGAAAUCUUCGACGAGUCCGGACGCAAGCGGGCUUUCGAAGCCCAACAGCACGCGGAGAUGGAUGCCAAGCGCCAGCGGAUUGCGCCCCAAGUCGCAACGACGCCUCAAAUCCAAGUCACACCACUACCUCCGGGGCCUCACAGCUUGGGCGAUGUUUUCACUCUCACUGGAAGUGAAGGACUGAAGGCCUUCGACGUGGGCACACUCCCGACAGCUAUGGCUGCGAAAAUCAGCAUCACCACGCUCAUCCGCACAGACGCGCAACUUCUCGCGAAAGCCAUCGAGGGCAUUCGGGGACGACUCAACACGUUGGCUGCACAGCCCGUACCUCACAUCAACCCCGAGACUGCUCCUCUAGGCGUCGACGAAGAUGACGAUUACGAGCCAGAUUUCGCCGCCGCCGAGGACAACGAGCAGAUCCUCAAUAAGCUUGACAGUGAUCCUGUGACCAGACCAGAUGAUAACGAUCUUGGACUGAGGACGUUCAAGUUGCCGCCUCCGCCUGCGCUUACGCCAGAACUGGCGCUAAGCGCGGGACAGGGUUCUGUGAUGUCCCUGUUCCAGUUCGUAAAGACUUUGGAAGACCCUGGCAAGAAAUCUAAGUCGGGUAUCAAUCGGUUAGCGGCCAGUACUAAUGACCGAGAAUCCUGGAUUGCCAUCAUCACCCGUCUGGCCAGCCGCUCGUCGGCCGGCUUGGAGGAGGUCAGCCCUAAGGACGAGGCCAGUGGCUCUGUACCAGGGUCGUCACUCGGUAACAGCAUAAGAGACACCCUGUACACUUACGUACUCGAGGACUUCCGACGGCGUAUUGAUGUUGCCAUUACCUGGUUGCAUGAAGAGUGGUACAACGACCAGCUACAGAAGAAGCAGGAUGGAAACCAUCCUUUGUACUAUGAAAAAUGGGCGCUCAAGCUGAUCGAUGGCUUCUCACAAUACCUCAACGCCCAAGACAAGGUCCUCACCCGGUUCCUGGGUGAGAUCCCCGAGCUCAGCCCCGCUAUCCUCUCGCGCGUUAAGCUCAUGUGUCGCGAUCCCCUGGUGGUGCCGCUGGCUCUGACGAGCCUGUUAUACCUGGUCAUGAUGCGGCCGCCGGCCAAGGAGCUUGCUCUGGACACGGUCCAGGAUAUCUGGACAGAGUGUAGGUGUCUCAUUGCUCAAGUGCUUUAUGAGCUCAUGCUGACGUGUUGUUGUAGACGAAGACGCAAGACCACUGGCGGCCAAGUACUUGGUCAAAUUCCGGCCGGCUUGGUUGGAAUCGGCCAAAGCAGCCGCAGAAGGAGGAGGUACACCGGCAACGAACAGUACGACAGCGAUCACAACAUGAUAGAGGCCGUGGCCCGGGUCGCGUGUAUGCGGCCCCCGGACGAUGUGACACGAACGAUUCCGACGCAUUUGCUCGGUGUCGCAUGUUUGAUUACCGAGAGAACCACCAGGAGCAUACGGCAUGGGAGAGCCACGCCACGGCAGCUUCGUUUCGAAGCGGCGGGGUUGAUGAAGAUGUUUUGA